AAGGAGAGAGGGAUAGAGAGAGAGAGAAUCUGCGUGGAGAGGGGGAUUGUGCAUCAGUCUACUGGCGCUCAAAUGGGUUAUUGCGCACACAGCAGGCUGAACUACAGCCGCGGCUCCAACUACGACUCAAGUGUGCAUGCGUCUCUUUCUCCCGGGGCGUCAGGCGGAGAGCAAGGGGCUCCGGACCGCUGCGGAAAACUUGCUUUCAUUUGAUUCCUUCCUUUAAUUGAAAACAGAAGUGAUGCCCAGCAUGCGGAUCGACUAAGUGGCUGCAUGAACUGCGAUUUUCUCAUCUCAGAGGAGUUUAAUGUGCUCUUUAUUCGUUUAUUUCCGAGGAUUACCCCUUCCCUUAGAAACGAUGGGUUCUGUGAUGCUGGACUGGAGGUUAUCAUGUCUUCUUCUGCAAGCAGCUGCUUUGCUGCUGCUCAGCAAGGGGGAGAGGAUGUGCCCCACGAGUUGCCGCUGCGAAGGAAAGAUUGUUUAUUGCGAAUCCGGCAUCUUCCAAGACAUCCCAGUAAACAUCACCACAGGAUGCCAGGGUCUGUCUCUGCGCUACAACAACCUGCUGGUUCUGUUGCCCUACCAGUUUGCUCAUCUUAAUCAGCUUAUCUGGUUAUACUUGGACCAUAACUCCAUCAAUACCAUAGAUGCUUUAGCAUUCCAGGGUGUGCGCAGGCUCAAGGAGCUGAUCCUCAGCUCCAACAAAAUCUCCUAUCUGCACAACAACACAUUCAGUGCCAUACCAAACCUGCGCAAUCUGGAUUUAUCCUACAAUCAGCUCCAGUCUCUGCAGCCAGGACAUUUUUAUGGUCUGCGCAAGCUACAGAACCUCCACAUCAGAUCUAAUGGGCUGAAACAGAUCUUCCUCCGUACCUUUCUGGAAUGCCGAACCCUGGAAUUUCUGGAUUUGGGUUACAAUCGGCUGCGGAGCCUGACCCGCACAACAUUCUUAGGCCUGUUCAAGCUGAAAGAGCUUCAUUUAGAGCACAAUCAAUUUUCCAGGAUUAAUUUCUACAUUUUCCCGCGCCUUACCAACCUCCAGGCUCUUUAUUUGCAAUGGAACCGCAUACGAUCCAUCAGUCAAGGUGUGCCUUGGACCUGGAGCAAACUGCAGAAACUGGACCUGUCAGGGAAUGAAAUCCAAAUGUUGGAUCCUGCAGUUUUCCAGUGCAUGCCGAACUUACAAACACUCAACCUUGAAUCAAACAAACUCAGCAGUGUGCCUGUAGAGGCUGUGGCAGCCUGGACGUCACUGACCACCAUCAGUCUGGCAGGGAACUCCUGGGACUGCAGCCCCAGCAUCUGCCCGCUCAUGGGAUGGCUCAAAAACUUCAAAGACCCCAAAGACAUCAGUAUGAUAUGCAGCAGCCCCAAGUCUGUGCAGGGGGAAAGAGUCGUGGAUGUCGUGAGGAAUCACUCCACCUGUGCAGACAUGUCAAAUGUUCUUUCAACUACUGCUGUCUUCAUCCUUACCUCAACUGAAGUAGUGAACAUCACUACUGACGUCUUUCUCUCUGAUUACACAGACCUGGAUUUUACUGAUACACCCUAUGAGACUCCUUCAUCUGUUCAGCCUAGUUGGACAGUGAGAAAGACAACUGAGUCCACCACCAUGAGCCCCACAUCCCCCAUCUCCCGUGAUCCCCCUACGUCCUUUAUCCCAGAGCUACAGUUUGAACAUAUGGCUUUCCAUAAAAUUAUUGCAGGCAGCGUAGCGCUGUUCCUGUCAGUGUCAUUGAUCCUCCUGGUUAUUUAUGUGUCAUGGAGGCGCUACCCCAACACCAUGAGGCAGCUGCAGCAGCACUCAGUCAACCAUAAGCGCAGGAAAAAGGCUCGCAAGCAGGAGCAGGACCUUAACUCUCAGCUGCAAGAGUACUACCUGAGCUACCACUCAAACUCAGAGGCGAUGGAUUCUUUGGUGAACGAGUCGACAAGGCCGUGCACGUGCACCAUAUCAGGAUCCAUAGAGUGUGAAGUCUGAGCUGCACAUUCCCCCUUAAGAGACUUAAUCUGCAAUUUCUAAGCAGAGGUAAAUGGUUUUUCCCAUAAGAUUAAGUGGUUUUUAUCACUAAUGUGAGAUGAUAGAUUCUGCACCUCUGAGGGAAAUACUUGGAGGCAUAGUACAAUAUAAUUAUGUGCACAGAGAAGAAGACUGGAGCGGGAGAUAUAUUUGGAGCUAAUUAUCACCCUGACUGACACGAGAACAGCGGUGGGGUCAGCCAGGUUAGCUGUGUCUGAACUAAUGUUACCACUGGACCUCUGCUACAGUAGAAGCCAGCUCUGCAGAGAGACUGACCUCAUUUUAAGUUGGACUACAUCUCCAUUGAACAAAUGAACUAACGAAGCCACUUUUUACCUGCUAGUUUUCAUUUUUACUGUGUAGCUUGUAAAGCAAUUAGGAUGUGUGUGCAUCUUUGAGUGUCAUGUAUGUGUGUGUAUGAUUGUUUUAUUUGGAGGAGCUGAUAAUCUCCCAGGUUAUUGAUUUAUGGUCAGAAGAUUUACAGUGAUGCACCUUAUUCUCACAGAUUUCUCCAAUUCAACUGCUUUUUGGCUCAAAAUAAGCUUGACCGUUACAAAUCUAAAGGAGGAACAGGAGAGGGGAUACUUGUCCUGAGAUAUUUUGCAUGGUUUAAUUCACCUAACUUUAGAUUGUUUUUAUUCAGUAAUUCGGUCUAAUUGAUGUUAAGGUUGCAUUUUAUUUCAUUGUGCUAAGCAAUUUAUCCAUACCUAAAAAAAAAAAACUUACAAGUUUCAUCUCAGGACUGACAUUUUCUCCAAGCUGUAAAAAUCUAUUGGGUCCAGUGAAGGUACAGCCUGUUUUCGUUCCCAUUACAUCAAGUACUUCUGUUUGUCACAGCCCUUGGCGUUAGAUGAACCCAAGUAAACGCAUUUGUGUCACUUUGAGGUAAAUUUCCAGUAACUGCUGUCAUUGAUGUGGUAGAGAGACUUAAAAAGACAGCUUGGGGUCACGAAAGGUGGUGAUGGAUUGGCCAAACAACAAUGACCCUGAGACCAUGACAAAAACUGAAAUACCUACACUAUGAUGUUUAACCUAACACUUAUAAUGUAUCUUUAACUGCCUAAACCACUGACUGUGUAAAACAUGGAUGUAGUCUCAGUGAUGUCACCCAUUGGGGUUUUUUGUGUGUUUAUUUAAAGCCCAGACAUGUUGGUCACCAUACUAGAAAAGCUAACUCCCAGUGACUUUCUGCUAAGCUAGAGACAGGCAAAGAGGUGGAGUUUAGAUCUUAGCCUUGCCACCAGGGAAACAACCACGAUGCAUCUGCCUGUCAGUCAAAUCAGCCAUGCCCCUAAUUAUGCAAUACUUUUAGCUGUAAUCAGAACGGAUUAUAGAAAAAAUGUACCCCCUGGCUGUAAACUUGUCAUGAAUAAAGAAAUAAGGUGUAGAGACCAAAAGUGUUUUUAGAACCAGGCUGUGAACAUGUCUUGUUCUGCUGUACUUAACAGUUUUAUACUGGCUGUCUCAGAGAACAGACAGAACAACAGCUGUCCCAUGUGAAGCCAUAAUGUUUAGAGCCCCCCAGCUGACUGGCUGCAGUAUUAUGUCUUAAAGCCCACCUCCUCUAUUGUAACAGAUGGAACAUGAGUCAAACUACAAAAUUAAAACAAAUGCCAAAUAUUUUUAACUGAAGCAUGAUUUCUGUCAGUUAGUUCUCAUCCUGCUGAUUUAUGUGCAAGUGUUGAUUUUUCAGAGAAGUUUUGUUUUAAUAAGUUAUUUGAUUUUAAAGAGAUGAGUGAUUGACAGCUCUGUAGUAGCUCCUGUAGCGUUCUUUAGUGAAUAAGCAGAGUAGAGGAAGAAUGGUGAGAAGAAACAUAAACGCUAACACAAAAGUCACUGAACUUUCCACAACCGGUAGUGUGUGCUUUGAAUCAACAGAAGAGUCUGUCUUGCUGUGGACUGUACCCACCUGAGGGAUCUUUAAUGUUUUAUCAGUGAGUGCUAUGUGUGUUUUGGUAAGCAAAAAGGGUGCGACGUUAGUCCCAUUGCUCCACCAGCCAGAUUGCUUCUGCGCAUGCCUUUGCUCCACCAGCGCAAUAUGUCAGCGCCCAUCGAGGGGGUAUUUUGGCUUCAUAUCUCACAGGGGGCUGAAAUUAAAGCGAGUUGUCCAUUCUUUAUACAGUCAAUGGUUUGACAUGAACCACGAUUCAGACAGGGAGUAACCAAGCAUUAACACGUGCACCUCAGUGAGACACUCCAGGGAUGUGACAAAGCAUUAGUAUUUGACAAUCUGGUAUGAGAAUGUGAUGGAAGGCCCUGAUGUGUUAGAGGGUAUGUUGAUUUUCAUAUUGAAUUUUGUAUUUAUUAUUCCUUUCAUUACGAUUAUGCAUUGUUUGUGUAAAGACAUGACAAUACUGGUACUUGACAUUCUAUGUGACAAUGACUGUAUAAUUAAAAGAAACACUGUUGACUGAUGAACGAUUGUGUGUGAAGAGAAUAUCCACAGCAGGUGCAUCCCUUCUCUUAAGUCACACGCCGAUAUUGAAGGUCUGCAUUGCAUUGGAUUUGCUGGUGUAUGCGAGAGGAGCUGACAUAUUUUCUAUCAUGUUUCUUGUUUUCUGGCUCUCUUCUUUUCAAUCCUCUUUCGACACUACAGUAUCGACAAAAGUAUUGAUUCUAUCUGGGUUGCACACCUCAUACUCGGGGUAAGGGGGCCCCAAUUCAGUCCUUGGUUCAUAACGGUGCUGGUGCAGAAAUGAGCCUUUUAUAUUUUCAUUUUACUCGUAAACAGCUUUGCUUUUAGUGCAAAUGGAGCCCAAGCUGGCGAUGCCUUUUCUUUGCUUGUCCAGGAGACAAAAACACAUCCCAGUCCCUGAAACCAAAAACAGAUUAAGAAUCCUGCUUUUAUGUAACCAUGUAGCCUCUGUCAGUUUGAAAAUAUUGCUCCUGUGCUAUGAAAAAGGAGAGGGAGAAUAGAGGCAGACGAGUAAGGGACAGUGUGUUACGGGUCAAAGCAGUUAUGCUAUUAGGAAGAUAUCACCCACUAUGGUCUGCCUUCUUCCAGCCCUCUCCUUCCCUUUUCUCGCUGCUUCAUUUUUCUCUUUUCCUGGCUUGCUCGCUGUGAGGAGAGAAAAUUAACCUGAGCCAGGGGACAUAUAUGCAAGUGUUAAGCCAGGCAGGAUUAGUCAGUGCUGGAACUACCAUGCAAGAGCUACC